AUGGCGCUAUUCUUAGCCGCUGCAUCGGAGGCUGCGCAGAUGACGACGCGCGCGUAUUCGGAGCACAUCUUCCAGCCCCGCGGCGCGCGGCUCCGCGAAGCAGGCCGCUGGUCGCGCCUCGGAAACGUGAAUGGGGCUAUCACAGGAAAGGUCAUUGUCAAGCGGGUCUUGGAGCGAGUAUUUCUAAGUGCUUCGGAAGAGACAAAAGUGCAGGCUGGCAUGCGCUGA